UUUUGAAAUGUUCUUUAUUCUAUUGCUUGGAUUUACGGUUGCUAUUGGAACUUUAAAAGCUUUCGGUUUUCCCUUCCUUCCCAUCGCCGCAAGCUUGUUGGUAGUCGUUGUUAGCUCGCUCUCUCAUUCUCUCUCUCUCACGCACACACCGUGGAUCUGGGUGGAGAUCCCAGCUCGAGCUAGGGUUUCGUGACUGGGGCCCGCCGGUGCGCUCCUUUCCCUUCUCCGGGGGCGGUGGCGGCAUGCGGGCAUUGCGGCAGCGAGCUGAGGGGGAUCGGCUUCCCGGCCGCCCCUUCGACGAGCUUGGGACCCGCUUCUGGUGAUGGUCGUUUCCGAGGGGCGGAGAGGAGAUGUCUUUUCUUCUGAUGGUCCUGUUCGCUCUCCUCCGCUUGGCUACUUCCACUUCUGCAAGGCCAAUGCCAAGAACUCAGGCAUUGAGCCCACUGGGCUCACCCAUGAUCAGGAAGAUGAUGCCUUUGGGUCCAAUAACUCCGCCAGCCUAUUCUCCUGAAUAUCACGGCUCUCCUGCACGCCAUCCUGUGCUGAAACAUCACCGGAAGAAACCUCAUGCUGUUCCGCCAACCUCAGUUGCACCACCACAAAACCAAGGUUGUGAUGAAAUCUCCUGUUCCGAGCCACUCACAUCAACCCCAAUUGGUUCACCUUGUGGAUGUGUAUACCCUAUUCAAGUCGAGAUUGACCUUGGGGUAGCACCAUUUCAAUUAUUUUCGAGGAUUCAGGAUCUUGAAGUUGAGGUUGCAGCAGGUACCUUUCUGAAACAAAGUCAAGUGCGAAUAAUGGGUGCUGGUGCCAGUAUUCGGGACCCAGAAAUGACAACAGUUACUAUUGACUUGGUGCCACUAGGAGAGAAGUUUGAUAGGAUGACUGCAUUACUGACUUAUGACAGAUUUUGGCAGAAGAAAGUGCAGAUAAAUGCAUCUAUUUUUGGUGAUUAUGAUGUGAUAUAUGUUCAUUAUCCUGGACUUCCUUCUUCUCCACCACCCAUGUCGGAGGGAUUCUUGGGCCCGAGUGGAUCUGGAAGCCAACAAUAUCCUUUCACGGCAGAUGUGCACUCUGGCAAGAUGCAGAAGAUGAACACAAAAACCAUUGCUCUAAUUUCGUUAUCCUCGUUCAUACUUGUCUUUAUAUGCUUUGGGUUAUUCUGCAUUAUCUGGAAAUGGAAGAAACUAGUAAGACCUCCUGCUGAUGUUGGACCUGCAAUUCCUCCCGUAACUACAAGAAAACCUGGCUAUAUGUUAGGUGUCAGGUCCAUCAGCUCAAGUAGCGUGGCCAGCUCAACGUCAGUAUCCUUUAUUUCCACCCUUGCUACUUGCCCACCUUCAGUGAAAACAUUUUCUAUGGCUGAGCUUGAAAAGGCCACAGAUAAGUUCUGCUCAAAAAAGGUUCUUGGUGAGGGUGGAUUUGGACGUGUUUACCAUGGUAUCAUGGAGGAUGGAAGUGAGGUUGCUGUUAAAAUGCUUACAAGGGAGGAUCAAAAUGGAGAUCGUGAGUUCAUUGCAGAAGUUGAGAUGCUCAGCCAGCUGCAUCACCGUAACCUUGUCAAACUGAUUGGUAUAUGCAUUGAAGGGCACAAGCGAUGCCUGGUUUACGAGCUGGUUCGAAAUGGAAGUGUGGAGUCUCAUCUGCAUGGUGCUGAUAAAAUGAAGGGGCCUCUUGACUGGGAUGCUCGGAUGAAAAUUGCACUUGGUGCAGCAAGAGGACUGGCAUACCUACAUGAGGACUCAAAUCCUCGUGUCAUACAUCGUGAUUUUAAAGCCAGUAAUGUUCUACUGGAAGAUGAUUUCACCCCCAAGGUUUCAGAUUUUGGUCUGGCAAGGGUAGCAUCUGAAGGAAUCCAUCACAUUUCUACUCAGGUCAUGGGAACAUUUGGGUAUGUUGCUCCUGAAUAUGCAAUGACGGGGCAUCUACUUGUCAAGAGUGAUGUCUACAGUUAUGGAGUCGUGUUGCUGGAACUCUUAUCAGGUAGGAAGCCUGUAUACAUGUCUCAAUCUCAGGGACCAGAGAACCUAGUAACUUGGGCACGCCCUCUGCUUACUAGCAGAGAAGGGUUAGGGCAACUGAUUGAUCCAUCCUUAAAUGGAAAAUAUGACUUUGACAAUAUGGCGAAAGUAGCAGCCAUAGCCUCCAUGUGUGUUCACACGGAAGCGCCACAAAGGCCAUUCAUGGGGGAGGUUGUGCAGGCACUGAAGCUAAUGUACAAUGACAUGGAUGAAACUUGUGAUGAUUCUUUCAGCCAGAAAGAGGAUUCAUUGGGUACAGACUGUGGAGACUUUGACCAUGAGAGCAGUUGGUGGAAUGGGGCUACACCACGUUUAGGUUAUGGGUAUGCCUCACCAUAUAUAACAAUGGAGUAUGCUUCAGGUCCGGUGGAAGAAAUGCAGAGACCACAUUCGGCAUCUAGUUUGGUUGGCAAGUUGGAAGCUUUGGUUGGGCACAAUGGAUCAGGCCCCUUGAGAACCAAGAGGAAGAGCCAAGCCUUUUAUAGAUUGAGAGGGAGCAUGAGCGAUCAUGGGAAUUUUUCAAAACAUUCUCGCAUGGAUGGCUAUCUUAUUUGAGUUUGUCAAAGGAAAUGCUC